CAGACUAGACUCCUGUUUGCUGUGUGUACUUCUUCCAUUACCCUAUAGUAAAUACCUUCGAAAUAGUCUGUAGACUGUGUGGAUUUGUUUUGUAAAGACAUUUAAUAGUUCAUAGUCUAAAUCAGCUUCAGCAAAGUCCAGCAAAACACUAAACCACAUGCUUCAGGGGCAGUUUGCUAACCACUCCUAGAGAGAAUCCAAACCUUUGACAAUGAAGUCUAGCCUAAUUUUUGGAUUAAUGGUAGUGUUGUGUUAGAUGAGUGGAAAGACAAGUCUUCAUCUUGCUGUGAUAGAUUGUUGUAGGUAAUUUCAAGAAACAACAUCUAAAUUUCACAUUUAAAACUCAUUGACUUCAUAUGACAUAUCAUUAAGAUUCUAAUCCCCAGUUUCACAGACAAGACUUAAACCUAGACACAGAAAAAAUGUAUUAUGAGCUGUUUCAGAAACUUGCACUGACUGAUCUUGAAAUAUACCAGUGCCCUUUUGGAUCCAGAUGCACACCAUUUUUUUUAUUUUAUUUUCUAAAGCAUGUUAAUAAAAAAAUACAUUUCCUAGUUGUACUAUGGCCUUAUCCUGGCUUAGUCUAAGUCCUGUCUGUGAAACCAGGCCUAAAUUAGUGUUUACGCUAUUGAAUCUUCGAUUGGCAUGGGUGAAAACAAAGAUAAUUGUAACAGUCUGCUUUUGACUUUAUGUAAUACUGAUAAUGGAAGAGGCACAGAAAAUGUCUUGACUAAUCAUUAAAUUGCUGAAGUAAAGGUAACCGUUAUUGUGAAACUUCCUACCAAGUAUAGAAAUGUACAGGGCCUAACUUUCUUUAAAUGUGGUCUAUCUCUCCUGGUGCCUGAGGAGAUUUGGAGAUUUUAAUUUGCGUUGACCUCUGACUGGCUCCAUAAUUGUCCCGUAGUGACGGUUUCACCUGCUUUCAUCCCUAUAAAGCUGGAAUUUCCUACAGACACACUGAUAUUCAUCUUUUUGUUCAGCUAUAAUACAGACUUAAUGGUGCAUCUUAAGAUGUGCCGAAAGCAUCUUUUAAUAGACCUUUUUAAUCUCUCUUGACGUUGGUGUUAAAGUCUUUUUUUCAUUAGCGUAGGAUUUGAUUGCGUCACACUGGGAAACGUCACUCUAUUUGACACUAACAAUUUUCCCUUAAAUGAAAGAGUUUAGUUAGAGAUUAUGUGACACUGAGCAUGUUUAAAUACUUUAUGGUGACAUGGCUGUUCUGUUUCACUUGGGAUAUCUGUCUGGAUUUCAUUUUCUUCGCUUCACGUUGUGUGCACCAACCACUGGGUGGCAGCAUCCGAACACUAGACUGCUUGUUUGACCUUGGGAAAGUGUUGAUUGGUGCGAUGUCCGUGAAAGUGCGGUGGGUUACAUCACCCACCCAUGCAGUACAACCUUACCCACAAUGCACUGCUGAGCAGCAGCUCAAUGGUGUCCAAUAACAACCCUCUUCUCUCCAACAGAAUCAGGCAGACAGACGACUCGACCUGAAUUACAGACAGAAUGGAUCAUUCCCCUUCAACCAGCAGCCUGAUGGCCAGCAACGUCACCAACAAGACGGAUCCACGUUCGCUGAACUCCCGGGUCUUCAUCGGGAACCUCAACACAAUGCUGGUGACCAAAGCCGACGUGGAGGCCAUCUUCAGUAAGUACGGGAAGAUUGUGGGCUGCUCCGUGCACAAAGGCUUUGCGUUCGUCCAGUACGUCAACGAGAGGAACGCCAGAGCGGCGGUCGCAGGUGAAGAUGGGAGGAUGAUCGUCGGACAGGUGCUCGAUAUUAAUCUGGCUGGUGAGCCGAAACCUCAUCGUUCAAAGACCAUCAAACGCUCUGCAGGAGAUAUGUACAGUGUUUUCUCCUCCAGCAGUUCCUCAUUUGAUCUGGACUAUGACUUUCAGAGAGAUUACUAUGACAGGAUGUACUCGUACCCGUCACGCGUCCCCCCUCCUCCUCCUCCUCCUCUCUCGCGGGCGGUGAUUCCCUCCAAACGAGCGCGUGUUAGCGUUAGCACCGGCGGCAGCCGCAGGACCAAAACCAGCUUCUCCUCCAAGAACAGCCAGCGCACGUCACGCACCAUGAGAGCCGACGAUCUACAAACCAUUAAGAAAGAACUGACUCAGAUUAAACACAAAGUGGACUAUCUGCUGGAGAGCCUGGAGCGCAUGGAGAGAGACCACAGCAAGAAAUCAGAGGUGAAGAGCUCUAAACCAGAGGACGCCUCCCCGCAGCACUCCAGUGGGAAGAAAGAGCGCGAGAGCACGGACAUGAACGACUACGAGGACGAGGGAGACCUGCUGGAGGAAGAGGAGAUCAAGAGUCGAGGAAGGGAGGAUGAUGAUGAGGAAGAAGAGGGUGAGCAGGAGGAAGGAGAGGAUGAUGGAGACAGCACCAACGGAGACCAUUCUUAAACAUGUCCGACGUGGACACACAUGCAUGCUCACCGUCAGAUAUAGAGUAGAUCCUCUGACCUUUAAUGCACCCUUAGUUUUAUUUUAGAAGUCCAGAACAUUAAGACUCAUCAUGAAAAUGAAUCUCAGCUUUACACUCCAUCGCAUGAACCCCGGACUUCAGCCAGCGUCCUCUGAGAUCUCGUCAGUCUUGACCAAAUCUGCAUUUACAAAAAAUUAACGUUUUCUGCUUUAGGAUUGAGAAACUACUUUUAAUUGCAGUGAAAUCUCCUUCAUUGCUGUGACAUUGUGGCAUCACCAUGCCAAGCUGUUUUAAUACUGCCAACCCAAAAGCUUAGAUGUGUUUGCAUAAUAAAUGGAAGAGGAACUACUUAGAAGUGCUGUGAUUGGAUUUUACCAAAACUGUUAUAGUUUGUGCUUGGAUGAAGGUUAGAGAGGGGACAAAAACGUUAUGUAACUUGGCAACCCAUUAAAGACAAACUCUAAUAAUCAACAUCCUAAAUGGCUAUUGUAGGUUUACUAGGUGAUUGACACAUUGAUGAGCCAAUCAGAAUGCAUGGAAUCUGGAGACUACAGCUCCUAAAGAGACACUAACAUGCAUUUUUUACAUGUAACCUUGUUCAUUGGUUUGCACCAAUUGGAUUGCCAAGCCUAGGAAACAUUCGCUGUCCCACUCCAGACACGUUCAGGUCAUCUUUAAGAUCUCAAACCGCUGCAUGAGUUACGAUGGUGAUAAUGGUGGCUGGAGUUAGGGAAGGUUCUGCCAUGGUCUUGAGCUCAUUUUAACCAGCCUGUGUAGACUAAUAUCACACAGAUGCGCUCAAAUACACGUGAAUGUCCUUCUUUACCAAUGCUUUCCUUGAGUCUUGUGGUUGUGAGACCCUUCUGUGCUGGGUUCUGUUAAGCGUCAUCAUCUUCCCCAACACAUACUAGACUAUUAUUAGAUCUCAGAUUGCUUUCCAGUCGAGUCCCGAAGCUUUUGACGGACUUCAGUCCCCAAACCCUGAGCUUUCUGAACUCAUCCAGCAGGAGUUUGUUUGUUUGCGUCGGUUCAGGCGCAGCAGUGUUCCUCUAGGACUCCUUUUGGGAGAUAAAUGUAGAGUUACUCAUCCUGGCCAGUGGGCGGCAGUGUGGCCCAGUUCUGUUAUUUAACCUCUCAGAAAUACUGCUUGAUUGAACAGUUUUAUAUUCAUUAAGGGGUCACUGAGUUUGUGAAUACGUUUGGAUUGUACAGUCAUUGUAAUUUUACCCGUGGGUUUGUAUCUGUGUACAGUGACACUAAGAGCUGAGUUUGCUUCUGAUAAAUACAAGCUGUGUUUGUUGCCGUUUUCUUUUCUUUUGUUCCGUUUCUGAUUUCUGUUUGGUCUGUGAAAUAAGUUUCAAUAAAUCUAUGAAUGAAAUCUCA